AUAUAUGAGUGUAUGUUAAAUAUAGUGGUUAGUACUUCAUUAAGUUCGCUGAAAUGAAGUUGCUGGCGAUAUUAAGUUUGGUGGCGGUGGCCUGCCAUGGCUCAACCUUGAAGCAUCAGAGAAGGUUCCCAGAUGACUUCCUCUUCGGUACCGCUACUGCCUCCUACCAGAUUGAGGGAGCUUGGAAUGAAGAUGGCAAGGGAGAAAAUAUUUGGGACUACAUGACCCACACCAACCCGACUGUCAUCAGAGACCAGAGCAAUGGGGAUGUUGCUGCCGACUCCUAUCACAACUACAAGCGUGAUGUCGAGAUGAUGAGGGAACUAGGCUUAGACGCCUACCGGUUCUCUAUGUCAUGGUCUAGAAUCCUUCCUACAGGAAUGGCCAAUGAAGUCAACCCAGCAGGCAUUGAAUUCUACAACAACUACAUCAACGAAAUGCUUAAAUACAACAUUGAACCAAUGGUAACACUAUACCAUUGGGAUCUUCCCCAAAAACUUCAAGAACUCGGAGGGUUCACAAAUCCCUUGAUCAGCGACUGGUUCGAAGACUACGCAAGGGUUGUGUUCGAGAAUUUCGGAGACAGGGUUAAAUAUUUCAUCACUUUCAACGAGCCUAGAGAGAUCUGUUACGAAGGUUAUGGAUCGAAUACUAAAGCUCCUAUUCUAAAUGCAACUGGGGUUGGUACUUACCUGUGUGCCAAGCACUUGGUACUCGCUCAUGCUAAAGCCUACCAUUUGUAUGACAAGGAGUUCAGGGCUUCUCAGGGAGGAGAAUGUGGCAUCACUAUAAGUGUGAACUGGUUUGGUCCAGCCACUGAGACUGCUGAAGAUGAAUUCGCUGCUGAACUUAUGAGGCAAGCUCAGUGGGGAAUAUACGCCCACCCCAUCUUCUCAGCCGAAGGUGGUUUCCCCAGCGAACUCUCCGAGAGAAUCGCUGAGAAGAGCGCUCAGCAAGGCUUCCCCUGGUCUCGUCUUCCUGAGUUCACUGAAGAAGAGAAGGCUUUGGCCAAAGGAGCAUCAGAUUUCUUCGGAGUGAACCACUACACUGCUUACUUGGUGUCAGCUUCUGAACACAAAUCGUACCCGGUGCCUUCUAUGUUGGAUGACGUUGGUGCUGGCUCUUAUGUGCCUGAUGACUGGCCGAAGUCUGCGUCUUCUUGGUUGACUCUUGCUCCUGACAGCAUCCACAAAGCUCUCAUCCAUCUGAACAUAAUCUACAACAAGCCAGUCUUCUACAUCACUGAAAACGGCUGGUCUACCGACGAGAGCAGAGAUCUGAUAGAUGAUGACAGGAUCACCUACUACAGAGCUUCUAUGGAGAGUCUUCUCAACUGCCUCGAUAGUGGAAUUAAUCUUAAGGGUUAUAUGGCCUGGAGUCUCAUGGAUAACUUUGAAUGGAUGGAAGGUUACAUUGAACGCUUCGGUCUUUAUCAAGUGGACUUCUCCGACCCUGCUCGCACACGCACCCCCAGGAAGUCAGCAUUCGUGUACAAGCACAUCGUCAAGCAUCGCUACGUAGACUACGAGUACCAGCCCGAGUCCAUGACUAUGACCAUCGAUACAGGACACUGAAGAUUGAUUUACAAUGAUCUUAACUUUUAAAUAAAUUAAGUAAGCAUUA